CUUGGCAAGACUCACAUGACCCUCCACGUGGUGUAGAAAGAAGUGUAGCUUUAUAACUGGUUUUCUGCAGAAUGAGUGGGACUCCAGCCAUUGCGUUCGACGAAUUUGGUCGUCCAUUUAUCAUCAUACGAGACCAGAGCACCAAGAGGCGUCUUCAUGGCAUAGAAGCACACAAGACUCAUAUCCUAGCGGCACGUGCUGUGGCCCAGACCCUCCGUACCUCACUGGGUCCUCGUGGCAUGGACAAGAUGUUGGUGAGUCCUGAUGGGGAGAUCACUAUCUCUAAUGACGGUGCCACCAUCUUGAACAAAAUGGACGUUCAACAUCAGAUAGCCAGGCUCAUGGUAGAACUGUCCAAGAGCCAGGACGACGAAGUUGGAGAUGGUACCACGGGCGUAGUUGUACUUGCUGGAGCUCUAUUAGAGCAGGCCGAGCAACUUCUGGACAAGGGUAUUCACCCGAUACGUAUCGCCGACGGUUACGAGCUGGCGUCCAAGAUUGCCAUAGAUCGACUUUCAGAGAUCUGCGAAGCUUUCCCAGUGGAUGCUGUUGACAAGGAACCUCUCAUCCAAACAGCAAUGACUUCUCUGGGCUCUAAGAUUAUCAACCGGUGUCAGCGUCAGAUGGCUGAGAUUGCUGUUGAGGCAAUAUUGGCCGUUGCAGAUCUCGAGAGAAAAGACGUAGACUUUGAGCUAAUCAAGAUGGAGGGCAAGGUUGGUGGUAAGCUAGAGGACACAAUGCUUGUGAGGGGUGUGGUCAUCGACAAGGACUUCAGUCACUCACAGAUGCCCAAGCUCAUUCGAAAUGCCAAAAUUGCCAUCCUGACUUGUCCAUUUGAGCCUCCCAAACCCAAGACAAAGUACGGCCUCCAUGUGUCCUCUGUGGAGGACUACCAGAAGCUCAGGACGUACGAGAAGGAGAAGUUUGCAGAGAUGGUCCAACAGGUAAAGGCAACUGGAGCUAAUCUAGCCAUCUGUCAGUGGGGCUUUGAUGACGAGGCCAACCAUCUUCUAUUGACCAAUGAGCUUCCAGCCGUCAGGUGGGUGGGCGGACCCGAGAUCGAACUCAUUGCCAUAGCAACUGGAGGUCGUAUUGUACCUCGAUUCUCCGAAUUGACGGCCGAGAAAUUAGGAACAGCUGGUAUUGUUAAAGAGCUCAAUUUCGGCACUACUAAAGAUCACAUGCUCGUGAUUGAAGAAUGUAAGAACUCAAGAGCUGUCACCAUCUUUGUUCGUGGUGGAAACAAAAUGAUCAUUGAGGAGGCUAAGAGGAGCCUCCAUGAUGCUCUGUGUGUGAUCAGAAACCUGGUCAAGGACAAUCACAUUGUGUACGGAGGAGGUGCGGCCGAGAUAGCCUGUGCCCUCGACGUUGCCAAGGAGGCUGACAAGAUCUCCACCAUAGAGCAGUACGCUAUGAGAGCAUUUGCCGACUCCCUAGAAGCCAUACCAAUGGCUCUGGCCGAGAACUCCGGCCUCAACCCCAUCGAAACUGUCGCUAAUGUCAAAGCUCAGCAGGUGGCCGAGAAAAACCCUGCACUGGGUAUUGACUGUCUGGGUGCUGGAACCAAUGAUAUGAAGACCCAGCAUGUAGUGGAGACUCUGCUAGCCAAGAAACAGCAGAUCAGCCUGGCCACUCAACUUGUCAAGAUGAUCCUGAAGAUCGAUGACAUUAGAUCUCCUGGAGAGUAUUAGACUAUGUGACUACACUAUUAUUAUUGAUGUGCUGCAUUAUACAUGUCAUGCAACUCUUUAUUAUGCCUUAAUUAUCAUGAUUGUCUUAUUAGUGAGAAUUUAUUAUUGUCUUCAAAAAUG